AUGGAAGACUUCAGAAAUAUUGCUGAUGAGACAUUUCCAAGCUUCUUGGGCCAUUCGUUGAGUAGCAGUGCAAGUGUCAUUUUUGAAAAUGUUACUAUUUCCUCAAACCCUGGCUUACCUGUUGCAGCUUCAACUGUCGUCAGGAAUAAAAUGGGCUGUGACAACAGGCUUUCUGAUAUCUGUGCAUCCUAUUUAGAAGGGAAACAUUCACCUUCAUCAGGAUCUCCUCAUAGUAGUCAGUCAGAUCCUGAGCCAAUGGGGAAAUUUGCCCUCAGCUUUCAUGAUGACAUGGAAGUUGCUACACAAGUUAAAGAACCUCAAUCAACUUCUGUUAGCUUGAAAGAAUCCCAUUCAGUAUACGGAGGGCAAGAUCAGAAUGUCAUUGAGCAUUCAAAUCGCAGUCAAGAUACCUUACUUGAGGUAUUGCCACUUGAAAGAUUGGAAGAUUUGUCAACUGGAAUAUGCUUUCUUCCAGACAGUAAGAAUAACAAGGUUGGUCCAUCUGAACCUUCUGAAAAGCUAAUUGAAGGUGAAAUCUCAAGUGAUCAUCUUAGCAAUAGCCUUUCAAGUUUUUUGGAAAAUGAGAAACUCUCAUCUCUUGCAAGCUCAGAAGAAGAUUCCACUGACGAUGAUAUUGAUGAUGAAGAGUUCUUUGAUAACCAACUAGAAGCCUAUUUUGAGCAGCUGAUACAACCAGAAAUGACAAGAGGAGACACUGACAUACAGAAACUCACAGAAUGCUGUACAGCGCUGAAGCUUUCUGAAAAUGGCUUAUUUCAAGAAAACUUUCAGGUUCCUGACACUUACCAGGCUGUGACAGGAGUAGACUCUGGAAAUGCUAGUGAUGAAGAUUCACAAAAUCAACGGGUAACUGGAUGUCCUGCACAAAGAGAAAUGCCCACCAGAGCAGUACAGCAACUGAAUUCCACGACUACUGGAGAUGUUGUAGAUUCCUGCAGUGCUGCUGAAUUGCAAUUAGAUUCACUGUAUCUUCAGUGCAUGGACAGCCGUAAUGCUGAUGUCUUGGAUGUCCUUCCAAAGCAAGAAAUACAGUCCUCUGAGUGUCAGGCUGCUGCUUCUGAUGCAGAAGUACUACACAGAGCAAGAGGAUUUUUGGGACAGUACACCACUCCUAAAGUUUUUCUUAGUGCAAAUGCACCUCAGACAGAUGCAACUGAAUGUGAAGUUGGUCUUGCUGAUACUUACCUGUCUCCAACUGCAGACAGCUGCGAGAACAUCAGUUUAGCUACCACAGACAAAGGUGAUUUACCACACAGCAUUGUCUAUCAAAAUGAAGAGGGCAAAUGGGUGACUGAUCUUGCAUAUUAUACUUCAUUUGAUGAAGAACAAAAUUUAAAUCUGUCUGAAGAUGAUAAAAUAAAUGAGGAGUUCAUUACUGGAUCUGAAGCAGCAGCUAUGAUUGCACAAGACCAGGAAGAAUUUGAGAAAGCACACAAACUUGUGCAGGUGGAAAAAGUAGACAUUCUAAAUGCAUCUGAAUUAGCAGAUACUUCAUGGAAAUCUGCCAAUAGCUGUAUUCUGCUGAGAACUUCUGAUCUUGAUAAAGAUGCCAGUUAUUUACGUUUGUCUUUGGGGGAGUUCUUUGGUCAGAGAUCUGAAGCUCUGGGUUGUCUAGGUGGAGGCAGUGAUGUGAAACGGCCAUCUUUUGGUUACUAUAUUACAUCUCCAAAGAAAAGGCAACCUGUUGCUUUGCUAAGGCAAUCUGAUUCAUCAGGAGGUGACACCGGCCAAGAGAUUCUGCAAUUGUCUGAGGUGUUUCCAGAUGACUUAGAAGCACAAACAAAAGAACAUGCAAAUUCUGCCAGCUGUGAAGGUGCGUGGCAUAGAAUGGAUACUGCAGCUGGAAUACAUAAAAGCAUUAAUAUAGAGCCUGCUACCAAAAGUAAAGGAAAGGAUGGAAUUCAUAAAGACAAGUUUGAAGAUGGCUUAUCUAAUCAUUCUGACUCUGUCCUGAGUAUUAGCACAAUUGCCUCUGCUAUUGCUAAUGCUUCCUCCAGUGCUGAUCCUUGCCAGCUAGCUGCUAUGAUGAUGGCACUCUCUAAUAAAGGUAAAAGAACAUGUUUCCUUCCUGGAAUUGUUAAAGAGACGGAACUCUCUGCUAAUAGAGUAUUAUCCAGCAAUGUGGAAAACGAUGCAUUUGAUAUGGAAAAAUACCUCAAAAAAACAGAUGAGAUUGGACAUGAAAGUGAAUACGAGAGUAUUGUGAAACAUGAAGCAUCUGUCCAGAACCUUGUGCCUGGUACCUUUUUACUGAGUAAAGAUACAAAUAAGGAUGCUCUUGCAGAAGACUUGAUAAAUAAUCAUAGCAAGCAGCAAGAAAUAGAGAGGCGAUUUCUGGAUUAUUUUAAUGAAGCAAAUGAUAUUCGGAAUUUCUCUAGUCUGUCUGAUGUUCCCAACCAUGAAGAUGUAACUGCAAAUAGUGUUAAAUAUUCAGAAAAGAUGUCAGAUUUAGUAAAUAGUAAACAUUUACAGUCACUGAAUGCUGAACUUAGAUCAGAUACGCUUGAUACCCAAACCUCACCUACUGGAAAUGAAGCACAUACAUGUAGAAUUCCUUUAGCAGCAAAAAUGGAAGCAGCACAGAGAAGUCCUCUUGCUUACCAGACCAACGAUCUUACUAGUAGGUGUUGUAUCAGGGAAGGCACAGAAACAGUAGAUCAAGCGACAAAUGCUGUUCCUGAACCAUGUAAUGAUGUGGUGGAAAGUAGUACAGGAAACACUCUGUCACUCAGCAAUUUAAAACCUGCCAAGCAAUCCAGUAAAUGUGUCUCAGUAAGUCCUACAAAGGCAAAGCCUAUGCAGAAAUUGAACAACGGUGAAAAGAAGCAAAAUGCAAAAAUAGAGAAGACAAACAAAGAUGCCAGUACUGCGUGCUGUGGGAAUGCGAAACAUGUAACUUUUGAGAUGUUCUCCCCAACUUCCCAGAAUAGUACUGAGCGUAAACCCAUUCUACCUGAAUGUGACUUGCAGCCUCUAGAGGAUGAGCAGUAUAGCUUCAGACCUUCAACUUCACCACUAAUCCACUCUUCUCCUAGUGAGACUUCUGGAACAGCAUUUUCAGGGUCUGAAACUGACUUUACUUGCGUGUCACAUUAUCAGGAAUCUUCUUGCAAAGAGAGUGUACUACCUCAGUCAGUUUAUUCAAGUCCUAGCAUGAGCAGAUUAACAUAUGUAUCUGCAUCUGACAGUACCCUUAGGAACACAGCUGCAGUACAUAAUCCGGAGACAUACUGGGGUGAAAAUGCUCGUGAACUGAGCACAACAAUAAUUCGAGCCAGCCCAACUCCUUUGCAGGAACAUACAAGUGGAAAUCUAGAAGACCACUCAUGUCAAAGAAAUAGAAAAGAAGCACUGCUUAGUAUUGAACAGAAAUCAGAAGAAAAUGAACUUGCAGGUCUUCAAAGAAAACUUGAUGUACUGGGUCAAGAACUAUCCAAGGAAGGCUUUCCGAAAAAUGAAAAGCAGCUUGCAUCUAUUCCUUCAAAUGUAGCAGCAAAUAAUAAAGAGGUAGAUCAUGUUCAGUCAGCUUUACCAAGUAAAUUAUGCAUAUUUCAGCCACUUUCUGUUAAUGUUGAUGCACAAGAAGUGUGGCAGGAUCAAACAAGCAAAGCACAGAGACAAGGAUUACCAUCCUCGAAUAUGUUACCUGUAUAUCCUGGAGUAAGCACUUAUAUGCCCUUCAAUCAAAACUCAUCUGGUGAACCCUAUGUUCCUAUUUCAAGCUUUAAAUCCCAUGUCACUACCUCUGUGAGUCAAGCAAUUUCAUCUUCUGUUCCCACGCUGCUUACAGGACAUUCUCUUGCAAUGACGCCGUUUGCACAACAGCAUCUGGGAAAUAUACCAUCUACUGGAAAUACGGUUUUGUCUCAGUUUCAUGGCUGUAGCUCUGCAGGUUUUGGUCUUCCAGGAGGGCUUCCUUGUUCUGGUAUCCCAGAGAAUCCACUUAUGGUAGGAAUUCCUCUAGGUCCAAAUAUUGGUCCUGGCUCUUUGGGUGCAGCUUCACUUUGUAAUCCACAUUCUACUUCCUGGAACAAGAAUAUCUUAAAUAUAAAAUCAUGUACUGGACAACCUCUUGGAGCUGGUAGAAGCGAGUGGGAGUUGCCAAAGUCACCUGGUAUUGGACAUGUAAAAGUACCAGAAGAAUUGAAGUUUCCUAAUGCCUGUUGUGUGGGAAUUGCAUCACAGACGGUUCUUAGCAUUUUUAAUCCAACUGAUCGGUGGUUGCAGGUCAGCAUUGGGAUACUCAGUGUUUCAGUUAAUGGGGAAAAGAUGGAUCCUGUGAAAUAUCAAUGUCUGGUUUUCAAGAACAAAACCAUCGUAGGAUCCUAUUCUACAAAUGAUCUGAAAAUACUUUUCUUACCUUGUCAUUCGGGGAUCUUUCAGUGUAUUCUCAAUGUGUCAUCUUGGCCAGUUUCUGCAGAUGCUGAGACAAUCGUUCAGGCAGAAGCUUUGGCAAGUAGGGUAGUUCUGACAGCAGUCGCUGAAAAUCCUAAUUUAGAAGUGGAAACAGGAAAAAGAGAUUAUCUGGAUUUUGGUGACUUGACUUCUGGCAGUUGGAAGGCUCUUCCACUAAAACUUAUCAACAAAACCCAUGCUUUUGUGCCAAUUAGACUCAUUAUUAAUGCUAAUGCAGUAGCUUGGCGUUGUUUCACAUUUUCCAAGGAACCAGUUAAUCCUUCUAAUGAACAAUCACUUCAAAUGGAUGCAGUUUCUCAGAUAGCAGCUCCAUCAGUUGUCAAUCAUGUGAUACAUGCAAGCUAUGAUGGGCAAGAUCCUGAAGCUUUAACGGUUUGGGUUCUGUUCCAUGCACCUAAGAAACAAAUUUCUUCUUCAGAUUCCUUGGGUCCAGCAGAUGAAUUCUUGGCAAGAGUUGAUGUAGAAGUGGAUAGUCCAGGACCUAGCAGCGUAAUUAAAAGUAUUCCUCUCCGAGCAAGAGCUGGAACAGCAAGGAUACACGCUCCAAAGGACUUACAGACAAUAUAUCUGUCUACUAGCGUGGGUUCAACAGCCAAACAGCAGCUGCCAUUGAAAAAUGCUGGAAACAUUGGUGUAUAUUUGAAAGUUAAGACAUCAAAUCAGGACAGCUGCUUUGCUGUCGAACCUGAGGAUUUCUUCCUUCUUCCUGGAGAAGAACGAGAAGUGACUGUCCUGUUUUUUCCAAAAAAUGUAACGACUACAGAAAGCACUUUGAUAAUCCUUGUGCUGCCAUCUGGGCCUCAGUAUGAAGUGGUGAUAAAAGGUGAGGCGGAGUCUGAAGAAAAUAGACCUGUGUCUACAGCUGCUGGGUGCUCAGAUAUCCCACCCAUUCUCUCCAACAAGCAGUUCAUUGCCUGGGGAGGAGUAACACUUGGAGCAUCAGU